GCUUAAUCUGCACGUGCACCGUUUCCUCGGAACCAACUGUGUCUAUUUCCCUCUCUUUGUCUUCAUCUUUUCAACUACCAUCAAAUCUUCUUCAACUAAACCAAAAGUCCAAAAGCAACCCCUUUGUUCCUUCGAUUCAAAACCUCAUCAUCUCAUGUCAAAUUCCAUCAUGGAGGAAGCUAACAUUGUUGAAACUAAAGACGGAGCCAUAUCUGUUGCUUCAGCUUUUUCUGGCCACCAGCAAGCUGUACAGGAUAGAGACCACAAAUUCUUGACAAAAGCUGUUGAAGAAGCUUACAAAGGAGUAGAUAAUGGAGAUGGAGGCCCAUUUGGUGCAGUUGUUGUUUGCAAAGAUGAGAUUGUUGUGAGUUGUCAUAACAUGGUUUUAAAACACACAGAUCCAACUGCUCAUGCUGAAGUUACAGCAAUAAGAGAGGCAUGUAAAAAACUCAACCAAAUUGAGCUCUCUGAUUGUGAGAUUUAUGCCUCUUGUGAGCCCUGUCCUAUGUGCUUUGGUGCCAUUCAUCUUUCAAGAAUCAAGAGGUUGGUUUAUGGGGCAAAAGCGGAAGCAGCAAUUGCAAUUGGGUUUGAUGAUUUCAUUGCAGAUGCUUUAAGAGGUACUGGAUUUUAUCAAAAGGCUCAUCUGGAGAUUAAAAAAGCAGAUGGAAAUGGAGCAGUUAUUGCAGAACAAGUAUUUGAAAACACCAAAGCCAAAUUCUCCAUGUAUUGAUUUCAUACAUUUUCAACAUUAUUAUUAUUAUUUCUCCAUUGUUCUCAACAAUUUGAUUACAGAAUCUUAACUUCCUUUUCAUUAAACA